GCAAACAAAUCCAUCAGUUUAGGCCUGAUGUGUUUAUAAUUGUUAUGGCAUUGAUGGGUUCAGCAAGUUUCACAAUCGCUUAUGAGAGAGGAGUACUUUAUGGAGGGAAGUUUGGAUAAGUUGGAGGGAAAAGCGAGCUAUUGAGAUGGGCCUUGUAGGGCUUCUAUGAACUGGUUCAGUGUGAAAAUGUGAGGGUAUUCAUUGUUGCUUGGAUAGAGACGAAUUUAUGGCAGUGAUGUAGCAGUUUUCGCAUAUGGAGCAGGAACCAGAGUUUUGUGUCUUCUUCAGCAACCUUGAGGACAGAGCUCCGCAGUCUGGCCUUGUGGCCCUGAUCAUCUCCUUCAUCUUCCAGACUACAGGGAUCCUCGUGUCCAAGCGCGACGUCUCUCUGAGGCACUCGGACCUCCAUGGCUGCCACACAGCCCGCGUGGACCUGCAUGACAGUGACCUCCAGUGCCGGGUUGUGGAGGCGGCCCGACUGAGCAACAGUGCCCCCAAUGGACUGGUGAAGCGCGGCCGGGUGCUGAGGGCGGACUACUACCGGCCCCGCCUUCUCAACCACACCUUGUACUCACUACCCUCAGGGGAUGACCCUCCAAUGGCAAUCAAUAACAGCUCCGCCGAGACACAGAAAUCAGGGACUGCGAUUCAGUCACCCAUCCCACCCAAGGACCCUCUGACGAGGAUUGAUAACAGUGCGGCUGAGAAGCAAGACGCAGGGAGAGCGACUUUUUACCCAACAGCUCCCAACCUGCCUUUGGUAUACACUGGAGAGCCCAGGAUGCACUUUCUCAAGAACCAACAAUUAGGGAACGAGACGCGGUCGCUGGAGUUCAAGAGGGGAGGCGGGGACUUCAAGAAAUACUUGCGCAAACAUCUGACCAAAUACAUCUGUGCAUUUCUGAACAGCGAAGGAGGGACCCUAAUGAUAGGGGUUGAUGACGGAGGAUUUGUCCAAGGCGUCUUCUGCGAUCACCAAACAGAGGACCAAGUCCGGCUCAUGAUUGACCAGCUAAUUGGUCAUUUUGAUCCACCGGUUCUACCCCAGAUGUAUCGUCUGGACUUCAUUCCUGUAAAGGAUCCACACAGCACAGAGGCAGAUCCUGACGUCAAGGUUGUGGAGAUUGUCGUUAGGUCGGGGCGGUCCAACAUUUUGUAUGAGACGCCCGAGGGGGAGGUGUUUAUCCGACGGGACGGGGGCGUGCAGGGGCCUCUACGGCCCAAGGAAAUCCAAGAAUGGUGCCACAUGAAAUUUAGCCAGGAGCACCAGGAGAGAGAGAAUGCCUUGCGAUUGCAGAUGGACACCUUGGAGGCGAGACUGGGCAAGAUUGAGCGACUGCAGAGCCAACAAGCUCACGAGCGGCAGGGGCUUAUCUCAGAGAGUUCCACUGAUGCGUUUGUGGCAGCAACGAAUCUCACAAAAAGUAGCCCAAGUCAUGAAGAUCCCCUGGCACAGACGGAACCCCAUUACAGCCCCAAACGCUCCAACUCAAGAGUCUGUAUUAUCCUGUAAACACACAGGAUACCGAGAACGUUACAGCCAAUCAAAGUCUACCUCACUCUCCUACAACUCUUGCUAUUGGCUAAACUAUGAAAUCUAUAUUCUAAAGGGUCCUUUCAUUGGUUGAUGAAUAUAUUUUAGUACAAUUUAUAGUCCUGUGACAUCUGGUAGAAAAUGCAAUGUGCAAUAGUACCUUUUUAUGAACAAAUAAAUUUUUUAGAAGCAUUCAUGUUCAAAAGCUAUUUCUGUCUGAGAGAAAACUGUUUUACUUUCUCCUCUCAGAUCUUUCAGUUUCCAUUCCACCUCUCAAAACUCAUACUUGGCUGAGAAUUGGCUGAAUUUAAACAAGACAAACCUAUCAGAGAAAGUGAAAGUUGCAGCAAUUUCACAAAUAUCAGAAAAUGUGAACACCAUGCAUGUCUGUCAUGUGCACAAUUAGAUUCUAUGAAUUGAACCCACUGAAUGCACACCAAAUGAUGACAAAUCGAUCCUUUACCAAAUGUAAUCUUGACCUGUGACAUGGAUGUGAAAAAAUGACACCCUUGUUCUCUUACUGAAUAUUUAUGCACCAAUCUCUAAGAGUAUGUAAGGCUUCAAGCAUUUAGAAAUGAUUCUCCCCAUGAAGAAAAAUGAAAUUACAGUGCCCCAAAUUGAAAUAAAACUUGCCCUUUAUUCAAAUCCUGCAGUAUGAAAAAAAAAUCCAAUAAAUCCAAAAAAUCCUUAAUUACAAAAUUUCACAGCUUCGAACAGAAUAACAUGCUUUCAGCGGUUUUGUGUAAAACCGUUUGUGUUCAAUGCUGCUGCGACAUUGCGCCACAUAGAGUUAACUCACCAACUGCCACUGUAACUCAAUACCCUCUGCAUAAUUUUAAAAAAAAAUUGACUUCAUUUUACCCAUAUAGAUCCAUCAUUAAAUGGAAAAAGGGUAUUAAUGCUGAGCAAAAUCAUUGUUUCCAGAGUCCAGAUUGCCAUCGAUAAACUAGUAGGCUAUAAUAUUAACAGCUGAAGUGUUCCACGGCUAAAACUUCCGCUCAGAACUGCGGAAGUGAAAGGUCGAUAACAAACACAGCUGGACAAACACUGAUAGAACAUAUUUGUUUCUUGGAUUUGUUGAAACACUGUUUAAUGUACAAUCACUGUCUGCUACAGCUAUUGUGCAAACCAAUAUCAGGUUAAAAAUUGGAAAAAUGAAAUUAUUAAAUCUUGCAUAAGCUUGUGGAGAUGCCUACGAUGAACAGUAAAAAAAAAGGGAAAAAUAAUAAAAUGCACAACAAAUGUCAAAGUAA